GUAAACCUCUACAGCAGGGCGACUGUGCGCGCUCCCGCGACUCUCGCUAUAGAAAACAAAGCUGAACGUCUUCCAUAACAGCUAGGGGUGCAGACCUGAGGAAUAUCCGACUUUAUACUGGACACAUCGUGCUGAAUAUGGAUUUACAGUGGGUGUAGCAUCGUUGGAAGACCGAGCCUUCUCGGCUGGGGUGACGGGAGGACAUUAGCUAAAAACGACGAAAAUAACAUCAGUGUGUUUUUUUUCUCGGGGUGCUUUGUCUUGUCCACCUAACGAUAGCAAACCAUCAUUCCCAUUUCAAUUGCAAGAUAUUCAGCUGGUGGUUACUAGCUGCCGCCGCCGGGAUGUGUCACCAUGUUGUCACCUAAAAGUAACUGCUAGGACGUCGGAUUGUGAAGGAAAAGCAGAAAACGUCUCCCGAGGUCCCAACGGGUUGUCACUGGGACCUGAAUCUGUCGCGGAGCCCACUGUUUUCGGCGAUAUGGCGGAGCAGGGCUACUCAUCCUGGGCGUACUCCCUAGUUGACUCCAGCCAGGUGUCCACCUUCCUCAUCUCCAUCCUUCUCAUCGUCUAUGGCAGCUUCAGGUCAUUAAACAUGGAUUGUGAGAACCAGGAGAAGGAUAAAGAUGGUAACCCCACGACGGGGUCUUUCAAUAACAGCAACACAAACAACAGUGAGUGUUACUCACAUGGUAUUCAAACUAUAGACUCCACACAGGCACUGUUCCUGCCCAUAGGGGCCUCUGUGUCUCUGCUAGUCAUGUUCUUCUUCUUUGACUCAGUUCAGGUGGUCUUCACCAUUUGCACUGCAGUUCUUGCAACAAUUGCAUUUGCAUUCCUCUUGUUGCCAAUGUGCCAGUAUCUGACCAGACCCUGCUCCCCACAGAACAAGAUUUCGUUUGGCUGCUGUGGGCGUUUCACUCUGGCCGAGCUCCUGUCCUUCUCCCUCUCUGUUAUGUUGGUGCUCAUCUGGGUGCUGACUGGACACUGGCUUCUCAUGGACGCUUUAGCCAUGGGCUUGUGUGUCGCCAUGAUAGCCUUCGUACGGCUUCCCAGUCUGAAGGUGUCUUGCCUGCUGCUGUCAGGACUGCUCAUUUAUGAUGUGUUCUGGGUGUUCUUCUCAGCUUACAUCUUCAAUAGUAAUGUGAUGGUCAAAGUUGCCACCCAACCUGCUGAAAAUCCCAUAGACGUUCUGUCCAGGAAGCUCCACCUGGGGCCAGGGAUGGGCCGUGACGUUCCCCGCCUCUCCUUACCCGGCAAACUGGUCUUUCCCAGUUCCACAGGAAGUCACUUCUCAAUGCUGGGAAUAGGAGAUAUCGUGAUGCCGGGGCUACUGUUAUGCUUUGUUCUGCGUUAUGACAACUACAAGAAGCAAGCAAACGGGGAAGUCCCAGGCCCUGGUAACAUGUCCGGACGCAUGCAGCGCGUCUCCUAUUUCCACUGCACUCUCAUCGGAUACUUUGUGGGUCUGCUGACUGCCACUGUGGCCUCCAGGAUCCAUCGUGCUGCUCAGCCAGCUCUGCUCUACCUGGUGCCCUUCACCCUGCUGCCUCUGCUCACUAUGGCCUACCUGAAGGGGGAUUUGCGACGCAUGUGGUCCGAGCCCUUCCACGCCAAGACCAGCAGCUCCCGCUUCCUGGAGGUAUGAUGCUCCCUGGGAAUAACCGACCAGCGCGGGGGAGGACUGCAGAUCCUUACCCUUAAUUAGAGGGAAGGAGAGAGGGCGCACUCACAGUGAGGCCAUGUUGUCAUCACUUGUUCAUGCUUUCCGCCAAUCUUCUGUGAAAACCCUCAGAAGGACACCAGUGUGUGGAUCACAACGCCCCAACACGACUCAUCUUUGGUCCCUACAUCCUCCCCGUUUCAUCUCCGCUUCCUCUUUUCUGUUUAUUUCCUCUUCAUUAUAGCACAUCCUGCCUGUGCUGUUUUUGUUCCACAUCCCCCCCCUCUUUUUUUUUUUUUUUCCUUUUUCCCCCCACUUCAUCCCUCUUCUAUAGUUGGUCUCAUGUGCCACUCCCCCUCCCAUGGCCCGUUCCAUUUCGUCAGGCCUCUUCUCUCUGCGUUUUCCUUCUUUCUCUGCGUCUUUAAUUUCCUCUUGCAUCUCUGUUUGUCACCGACUCAGAUGAACUCGAGAGCCAGGCCUCCCCCCUUUUUGUGGACUUACGGUUGUGAGACAUGGCUGGGGUUUAUAUAUAUUUUUUUAGCAUUGUCGUGGUCAUUAUUAUUAUUAAUAUUAUUAUUAUGGAACGAGUUAAACAAACGGAGAAGAGGCGGAGUGUUGCAGAGGCACAGGACAGUGCUCGGGAGCGACAGCGACACAGAAAAGGAGAAGAGUCUUCCCCUUCCAUCCGUCUCCCUCUUCCCCACCCCACCCCACCCCACUCCUGCCCCCUGCUUUCUUCAUCUGUCCAUCAUCCCACCACAAUGUCUUCUCCCCAGCGCUCCCGCCCUCCUCGGACACUCCCUGCGAGCCCCACCCUCCUCCUCUCUGUUCAUCUGCUGUCCCCAUUCCCCACCCUCCACAGAUAACUAUGUAUUUUAUUUAGAAAAGUUUUAUUCUUGGCAUAUACAGAAAUGAUGCAUUAUAAAUUGUUAAGCCGCCCCUGAUGUUGCAAAGGGGCAGCUUCUAUUUGUAUAUAUGUGUACACAUGUAUUUGCGGUAUCUUGAGUUUGUAUUUGUGUUUGGGAGUAUGUUGAAUAGGGUGGGAAACUAACGCCAGCCAGCAGCCGAACUUUGGUAAAUUUCGGCUGCCAGUUGUGGCGAGUCGACCGGCGAGCAUCCAUCAUUCGGAGGUUGUUUUCUAAAGUUUGUUAGCUUGUGUGAUGGAAACAUAGCUGGUGGACUUUUGGAAAAAAAUAAAAACAAAAAAAAACAUAAGUGGCUGGUUGAUGAAAAAGUUAGUUUCCUGCUCUAGUGUUAAAGUAUGCGUGCGUGCGUGCGUGUGUGUGUGUGUGUGUGUGUGUGUGUGUGUGUGUGUGUGUGCGAGUGAGAGCGAGACAGAUGAGUGAACAGUUGUUUUGUUUUACUUGGUUUUAAUUUGACAUCAUGAACAUGUUGAAAACAGUGACAAUAGUCAGGUUUCCAUUGACCUGGGCGUGUUGGAUCAAACUGUCGUAAACACAUGACCUGUCUAAUGGAAACAGUUUGUGUCUAAUCUUGUAAAAUAAUUUGCUGAAAACAAACAAGCGUCAGUUCAUCUUUUUAUCAGUCUUUCUGCUGAUAGGUGGAAAUGUACACAGUGUUUUUUUUUUUUUUUUCAAAUAAAUGAAUGUUGAAUUAA